AUACCAUUACAUUACAUUACAUUAUCGGCCAAGUGAGUGAUCGUUGAGAAAAAGAAAAAUGGAGUCGGAUUAUGGAGUUCCCAGAGACCUUUCUGCUCUUCAAAAGAGUCGCUCCAUUUACCACCCGGAACUGCCCCCUUGCCUUCAGGGAACUACUGUUCGAGUAGAAUUUGGUGAUGCAACUACUGUGGCAGAUUCCGCUGGUGCCCACGCUAUCAGUCAAUCAUUCCCUCACACAUAUGGUCAGCGUUUGGUUCACUUUCUCAGGGCAACAGCCAAAGUCCACGGUGCUCAGAUCAUUAGCGACCUUCCUGCCAUGAGGGUUGGCGUCGUAUUCUGUGGUAGACAGUCUCCUGGAGGCCACAAUGUUGUUUGGGGUCUUCAUGAAGCUCUCAAAAUUCACAACCCUAAAAGUAUUUUGCUUGGUUUUCUAGGUGGUUCCGAAGGUUUAUUUGCUCAGAGAACUCUCGAGAUCACAGAUAAUAUUCUUUCAACUUACAAGAAUCAAGGUGGUUAUGAUCUAUUGGGACGGACAAAGGAUCAAAUAAGAACACAAGAACAAGUCAACGCCGCCAUGGCUGCAUGUAACGCGUUGAAGUUGGAUGGCCUUGUCAUCAUUGGCGGGGUAACAUCAAACACUGAUGCUGCUCAACUUGCCGAGACUUUUGCCGAAGCAAAAUGCUCUACUAAGGUUGUUGGAGUACCUGUUACUUUGAAUGGUGAUCUCAGGAACAAGUUUGUUGAAGCAAAUGUUGGUUUUGAUACAAUUUGUAAGGUUAACUCUCAGCUCAUCAGCAAUGUCUGCACCGAUGCUCUUUCAGCAGAGAAGUAUUACUAUUUUAUUCGACUCAUGGGUCGGAAGGCAUCUCAUGUGGCGUUGGAAUGCACACUCCAGUCACACCCAAACAUGGUUAUUCUAGCUGAAGAAGUUGCUGCUUCAAAUCUUACCAUCUUCGACUUAACUAAACAGAUUUGUGAUGCUAUCCAAGCUAGGGCAGAACAAGAGAAGUACCAUGGUGUUAUCUUACUUCCAGAAGGGCUAAUAGAAAGCAUUCCUGAAGUCUACGCGCUGUUGCAAGAAAUUCAUAGUCUUCUACGACGUGGCGUUUCUGUUGAUAAAAUAUCGACACAACUAUCACCUUGGGCAUCUGCCUUAUUUGAAUUUUUACCACCGUUUAUUAGAAAACAGCUUCUCCUGUAUCCAGAAUCUGAUGACUCGGCCCAGUUGUCACAGAUUGAAAUCGAGAAGCUUCUUGCUGAACUUGUGGAGGCAGAAAUGAACAAGCGACAGAAAGAAGGAUCAUACAAGGGGAAGAAAUUUAACGCUAUCUGUCACUUUUUUGGUUAUCAAGCGAGGGGUUCUUUGCCAUCCAAAUUUGAUUGUGACUAUGCCUAUGUACUUGGACAUAUUUGUUACCAUAUUCUGGCAGCUGGCUUGAAUGGUUAUAUGGCCACUGUAACAAACCUCAAGAAUCCAUCUAACAAGUGGCGAUGUGGAGCUGCUCCAAUUACGGCUAUGUUGAGCAUCAAGCAUGAUGGUCGUGCAAUGACAAUCGGAAAACCUCUUGUCCAUCCUGCUACAGUGGAUUUAAGAGGCAAAGUAUAUGAGCUGUUGAGACAAAAUGCCAGAAAAUUGUUGUUGGAUGAUAUUUACAGAAACCCAGGACCCCUUCAAUUUGAGGGUCCGGGUGUUGAAUCUCGGGUUGUCAGCUUGUGUGUAGAAGACCUGGAUUAUAUGGGCCGUAUUAAGGAAUUAAACGAAUAUCUUGACAAGGUUCGGAGUAUUGUGAAACCGGGAUGUUCUCAGGAUGUUGUGAAAGCAGCGCUGAGUGCCAUGUCUUCUGUCACAAGUAUUCUCUCAGUCAUGUCUUCUAAUGGCAGUAGUGCUUAAUGUACAACAUCUUUAACUCACUCUAUUCAAACCCACAAAACAUCUUUCAUCUUCCAAAGUUUUUUUGUUUAAUCAGUACUUGUUGAAUGUUUUAAAUAACUUAGAAUUUUGUAUGGGAUAAACAUGAAAUAAGUGUAAGUGAUGGAGGAGUUAGGAAAUAUUAUUGACAUUUUGUCCAUCUUGUGACA